CUUCCUGGUGAGGUCUUCUCUGUGUCGCUGGGCUGCGCGUCUCCAGAUCUCAGUAAGUCAGCAAAUCUGAUUUACGUCAAUAAAAAGGAAAACUCAGCCGUUCCCUGAAACCUGGACAGACUCCACUGCUCGUCGUUCUUUCUCUCCAGCGUUUCGGGCCAUGGGAGCUUUUUACGGGUUUGCGGUUCUGGUCGCUGUGGCGUCGCUGCUGUCAGCCGUCCAAUGUAAUGUGAACUGUAAGGGGACGGACGGUCACCCCGGAGAGGCCGGAUCCGCUGGACGGGACGGACUGGCUGGGAUGAAAGGGCAGAAGGGAGAGCCAGCUGUCAGCGUGGAUGGCCCAGUGGAUCCGAGCGUGCUGCACAGGCUGAAAGGGGACAGAGGGAGCCCGGGCCCUCCAGGUCCGAUUGGUCCUAAAGGUUACCGUGGAGAAGUGGGAGCAUCGGGAAAGGACGGCCCGCCUGGUCCACCCGGCCCACCAGGGAAAAACAUCGACUCCGGGAAACUCUCGUCCAAUCAGCAGGCUCAUUCAGCUUUCUCUGUGAUCAGGACCAGCAACACUUAUCCAGCUUUCGGCCAGAAAGUAACUUUUCAGACUGCCGUCGUCAACAAGUACGAUGAUUUCAACAUAGCCACCGGCAUCUUCACCUGCAGAGUGCCUGGUUUUUAUUACUUCACCUUCCACGCUGUUGCCAAGGUCAGCAUGUGCCUGAGUUUGGUCAGAAAAGACGAAGAGGAGCGGCAAGUGUUCUGUGAUGAGAACACCAGGAACCAAGAACAUGUGCUGUCCGGUGGCGUGGUCUUGGAGCUGAUAGUGGGACAGACAGUCUGGCUGGAGUCCGUCAGAAACUCGCUGACAGAAUCUGCUGCGCGAAACACUGCAGAAAAACAGAUCUUCUUCAACGGCUUCCUGAUCUUCUCAAAUCAAGAAUAAAUUGUAGUUGAGCCCCGACUCUGCAAGGUUCGCCAGUCUCUGCUUUCUGUUCGUGUGUUGGACAAACGACUGUUUAACGGUGUAGUUUGUUGAACGUUUACUCUUAUGCUAAACAUUGUGGAUGUACCUCAGUGUUUCUGAGUCCAUUUCAUUAAAUAAUGACUCUGAG